AUGGCGAAUGAUGGAGAGAUUCCGAAGGCGACAGAGUCUACCGAAGCGAUUGUGAACCCAACGCAAGCUUCGCCAAAGUCAUCAAAGAGAAAGCGUAAGCGGACACCGAAGCCCAACGUGCUAAGCCAACUUACCAUCCGGAACCCACCAUGGGCGUAUAUCCAUCUCCGGCAUAUUACGACCACGGGAGCAGCUACGACAGAGCUAGACUCAGUCACUGCGCACAUGCACAUUACAGCAGCACUGUCGCAGUUUCUGGGCUUACACGGAGCCGCAAUACCGAUUGACAUCACGAAGAUCGAAAAGGCUGACGUUUGGGUUCGCUUACCUGCCGAGGACUGCAGCUCUCUACUCGCCGCUGUCGGUGGGUGGGUCAGUAGCAAAGGCGCAGGUUGGAGAAUUAUAGGUACCAGCUCAUGGGAUGCAGCAGCGCCUGGAAGGAACAGCGGGCAAGACCUCUUCAAUGAUUAAUACUGAUGGCCUUCA